CGGUUGCGGCGCAUGCGCGGGGCGGCGGGUGGUGGCGCCCGGGGCCGGCGGCACCAUGAUGUGGUUCGGCGGCUCCAUCCCGGCCGCCAUCGCCGCCGCCAAGCAGCGGAGCUCCGUCUUCGUCGUGUUCGUGUCAGGUGAGGAUGAACAAUCCGUUGAGAUGGCUGCAAGGUGGGAAGAUGAGAAGGUGACUGAAGCUGCCGCAGAGGGUUUUGUUGCUAUUAAAAUUGACACCAAAAGCGAAGCAUGCCUGCAGUUUUCUCAAAUUUAUCCUGUAGUUUGCAUUCCAUCCAGUUUCUUUAUUGGAGACAAUGGAAUCCCUUUGGAAGUAAUUGCUGGCAGUGUUUCUGUUGAAGAGCUUGUUACCAGAAUCCAUAAAGUAAAACAGAUGCACGCAGUAAAGGGGCAACUUCUGGAAAACGGAGGUCAGUCGUCUGCUCCGUGUCCCUCCUCUCAGUCUGACAGUGCUCCAGAAAAUGCACAGUCCAGAGCAGUAGAGUUAUGUGAUUCUCAUGAGUCUGUUAUGUCCGAGACGAUAAGACCUUCUGCUGAUGGAGUAAAUUCAGGUCAAGCGAGCCAGUCUCAGGAAGCAACUAAUUCUUCAGAUGAGCAAGUGAGUGAUGCUCAGCCUGUGAAUGAUCUUAAGGUCAAAGUAGAAAGAAUAACAAAAAAGCUUGAAGAAAGACGAGAAGAGAAGAGAAAAGAAGAAGAGCAGAAAGAAAUUAAGAAAGAAAUUGAACGGAGAAAAACUGGUAAAGAAAUGUUGGAGUACAAACGACGACAAGAAGAAGAAUUGACAAAACGAAUGUUAGAGGAAAGGAACAGAGAAAAGGCAGAAGAGAGAGCAGCUAGAGAGCGUAUAAGACAACAGAUUGCAAUGGACCGUGCCGAGAGAGCAGCUCGCUUUGCAAAAUCAAAGGAAGAAGCUGAAGCUGCAAAAGCUGCAGCUCUUCAGGCUAAACAGGCUGAAAUAGAGGCCAGAAAAGAAGCAUCCCAGAAGGAGCGAAGUGCAAUAGCCAGGAUUCAGUUCCGCCUCCCAGAUGGAUCUUCCUUUACUAACCAGUUUCCAUCUGAAGCACGGCUGGAAGAAGCAAGGCAGUUUGCUGCACAGACUGUUGGAAAUGCUUAUGGCAAUUUUUCACUGGCAACAAUGUUUCCCAGAAGGGAGUUUACCAAAGAAGAUUAUGGAAAGAAAUUGUUGGAGCUAGAGUUAGCACCCAGUGCUUCAGUAGUGUUGCUGCCGGCAGGAAGACCUGCUACUUCUGUUGUUCAGGCCUCAGGAGGUGAUCUGUGGAAGUUCUUGGGCACAAUACUUUAUCCCUUGUUAGCAGUUUGGAGAUUUAUUAGCAGCUUCCUAUUUACCAGUCCACCUCCCUCACAGUCUACUGCGAGAACAGCACAUCAACAAGAACAUUCAAAUCCUUCAGCAUCUAACAGCAUUGAGCAAAGCAGGCAAGCAGUCAGGAAACGAGUAAUGGAAAAGCGAGGGGAAGACUUCAAAAAAGAAGGCAAAAUAUAUAGACUGAGGACUCAAGAUGAUGGAGAAGAUGAAAACAAUACUUGGAAUGGAAAUUCUACGCAACAAAUGUAGUUUUAAGUGACUGCAGUAACUGCUCUCUGGUGUUUGUUUUUUCUUUCCUUAUUUGAUCUAAGUCAGCUAAAGCUUCUGGACAUACAGGGCUUAUCUUACACUGACUGAUUUACAAAAAUCUUAUUCCUGCAGUAGAGCAUGGAAUAAAGUUGCCUAAAUCAGAAAAAUCAAGUGGAUGUAGCUGAGGCCUAGAAGCUCAAAGAAUUAAAGAUUGAAAAAUCCCCCUUGGCUUUCAUAAUCAUUAGCCGUACUGUCAUAGGAAGGCACUUUUUAAUCUAUAAAUAUUCUGCUAUGUAAACUUAAGGGCCAGAUAUUAAUAUAAAGGUUGGGGUAGGCAAUGACUGAUUAAGAUGAGGGUUUCAGAAGCACUAUUAAGUAGUAAAUCAGAUAGAUAACUAAUUUAUGUUCAAUUUUUUCUUGCUUCUGCAGCUGCAAGCAAAAAUCUUGUAGUUUUUAAUUCCCCAAGCACUCAAUAAAGUGUUUUUCAGAAAACAGAACUGCCUUCUCUUGUGAACAUCUGCUGAAGUACUUCUGUGUAACAAGGAAGCAAGCAGUAAGACUGUAAAACUAGGCUUAUACACUGCAGUAUAAAAUACAGUGGAAAAAACUUUUGUUCCACUUUAAAUGACCUAACUCAGGACUUGUUCUUGAAAUCUGGUAAAAUGCCCGUGAAGUAGUGUGGUACUUAUUUCUCUCAAAAAAUGGAAAUACUGUUAGGAGGGGGAUCACAUCUUUCCUUCCAUGAAAGAGUUCAACCGUUCUCCCUUUCCUACCUCCCCCCCAGUUAUUGUGCAUCUCACUUUUGUAGACCUGACCGGUAGCAGUGUUCUUGCUACUUCAGACUUACUUCUGUUGAAAGCAGCUUUAAUAAAAUAUCACAGCAUUCAGUUGUAAAGGCACAGUAGUCGAACAACUUUUAUUUUGAUUUCUAACAUUUAUUUCACAGCAUACAAUCUAAAAAAAUACUGUAAAUACUGUUUAAAUCAAAUCAAAUAAAGGAUAGAGCAGCCAUAUAACAACAGAAUGUUGUUACCACUAGCUGUACUAGAACAGCAUGUUGUCUUAGGCCUAUUUUCAGGUGUAUUAAGAAUACCUUGUUUUAAGAACACAAGGAAGGUGUAGAGCUUUUUUGAGACUCUCUCAAAGUCCUUGGAGAGAUGAACUGGACUGAUCAUGAAGCAAAUGAAUGUUCAAGUUUUGGGUUGUAUAAGGAUUCUGAACAAGUAAUGUUUUGCUCGAUAGUUUUUCAUAUAUGACAGAGUUAAUUUCUUAAAUUUCUUAAGCAAACAACAGAAUGAUGGGAAGUCAUAUAUAAGACAAGAUACUAAUUUACAGUAGUAAAAGCAUUAAUUUUUUCCUGGUGGCAUGUGCAACAAAAAGUAGGUAUUUGCAAAGUUAGAGUACCUCUGUUCCACACAUUUAAAAAGCAAAAAAUGAAAUCUUACAGUUUACUGA